AUGAAGCGCAGAACGGACUUUAAAAGUAUAUGUGUGGCAACCAUCAUCGGGGUUUGCAGCGGGUACUACAUAUUCAACCCGAUUGUUAAUAAAAUGAAAGAUAAUUUCAACAUUGUGAAUGAAAAAAGUGAAAAACCUUAUGUUCGAAGCGUUAGGGGCAAGGGCAAAUGCCCCCCGUUAAGUAAUAGCAAUGGCAUUCCGUUAGCAGAAAAUGCGAGUUGCAGGGGUGAUAGGUGGAACGAGGAAGGCGCCGAAAUGUGGGCCCAUGAGCCAGGAAAAGAAAAAAUUCAAAAUAAUACUUAUGAAACGUCCUUUCAGUUGUCGCAAGAUGAGAUCGGGACAAAAGAAUGGAAAGAUCACCCAUCAUUGAACGAUGGAGAGUUUCCUCAAGUCUGUCCAAAAAGUGAUGCUACCACAUUUGGUAGGGGAAAUAAAAAGUUGAGGAAGUUCAAAAUAGCUGCACAUGGAAGAGGGAGUCACCUCCAUAGGGAUGCACUAAAUGGGAAUGCCGUAGAAGGGCCAAGAAGGACCGAUUACAUAGGCGAUAUGUUUUCUGAGGGUCAUCAAAACGGAGAGGAAAUGUGCCCUGAUAGGGGCGAGGAAGGUGUGGAAGGGGUUAACCCAUUUGUGUCCAACCAAGAGGGAGUCACCCAGAGUGAUGAAUGCAAAGAUGGGGUAGGUUCCACGAACUCGUGCGCCGAACGUACCACUAAAGAAAGCACAUCAUACCAAUUUUUAAAAACGUUAUAUGGACUGAUCGGAGAGAAAAGGGACAUCUCCGAGGAGACAGCAAAGGACUUAAUUGAACAAAUGAAUGAGAUCAUUAAGAUUGAAAAGAAUUUAAAAAUGGUAUUUCUUCUCCUACACACUAUGAAUAAGCUCAUGUGUAUUCACGAAUUUGUGAGGAAGUUAUCCUCCGAGAUAGUAAAAGUAAAGGACAGCGAAUUGCUCUCUAUUAUUCUCCGCAUAAUGGUUAAUUGUCAUUAUAAGGAUGGAGAAUUAUUGCACGUCCUGGUGACUAACCUGAAGGAACACAUAAAAUUAGGGACAUGUACAACGUUAGCCAUAAGUAACACCUUCUACAGCUUUGCCUUUUUAUACAGAGAAAAUUUAAUCCACUUGGAAGACAUUCCUGUGGAGGAAAUCAUUCAAAUAAUUGGCAAUUAUUACAGCUCCUUUUCUCAUGAAGAGCUUUUCGAAAUUAUUGAGGCGUCUCCUCAUUUUUUACUCUCCAAGGAGAAAUCACUAAGUGGGAAAGUGAAUCAAACAAAUAAAUCCUACCAACCUGUUAAUAAAAAUUUAACAAAGUUGCUACAAAAAGUGGGGAACUAUUUAGUAGGAGAAAAUAUCGCCACAACUGCCCCCUUUAAGCAAAUAAAAAAUAUUCUGUACUCAUAUGCCAAGAUUAAGACGUACCAUGAGAAAUUAUUCCUGCAUUUAUAUCCCCCUACAUUGAGGAGAAUAAAGGGGUAUAAUGAGUAUCUGCGGCGGUGGCACGAAUUUGGCAGCUACAGUCGUGGGGAAAGCUUUUCCCGAGCAGCGUGUGCAGGGUCAGAGGAGGAACAGAAGGAAAACCCUCAACUGAUCAGCGACGCUUCGAAAAACGUGACGGAUGUUCUCUACGCAUAUAGCAAAUUUAACAUGUACAUAGACGAGCUGUACAACGAAAUUUUGCUCCUCCUGCAGUACGUUUACAAACAUAUGGACUGUUCGGAAUUAUCACAGUGCUUAAUAUCGUUAACUAAGGUACACUGCAAUGUGAGGAUCCUGUUGUCCAAAAUACACAUGGAAAGAUUUAAUGUGCAGGUGAAAUUUUACAGGAAUUUUUUUGCCAACUGUACUCCAAUCGAUUUAAUGAAUUAUCUCCUAAGUUAUAGUAAAAAUUUAUAUUUCGAACGGGACGUGUAUGACAUCAUUGGGGAUUUUUUCCUUCGUGAAAAGAAAAUCAACUCGCUGGAAGGAAGUGAUCUGAUCAAUAUCAUUCAUGCGUAUAGCAAAAUUUAUUACCUGAACGGCAAGGUAUUUUCUGCGGUGGAUAAUAUUUUGUGUGAAAGACUUGACAACAACUCAAAUUAUUUGUCCACUGAGGAUGCCAUAAAAUAUUUAAAUUCGUGUGCAAAAUUAUCUUAUAAGAACGAAAAGAUGAUUUCCAGAAUUGUCGAAAUUAUCCAUAGGAGCAAUUUUGCUAAUAUUGAAAUUUUUGAGCUGUUUAAAAUGCUCAAAAGUGUGAAAAGGCUACAGGUACCAUUUGAGCGCUUGGAGACGCACAUCCGAAUGCUCGUGCCCAACGUCACCUUCGACUUUGGCACGUACAGCAACCAUUACUACAGGGCUCCCAAGGACCUCCACGUGCGAAGGAAGAAGUGGGUGUGGUAG